AUGCCGGAGUUCGAGAUUGAAUCUGUUAGGAGGAGCCGAAGGGUGUUUAGAUCCGGAGAUGAUAGGGAUGAUCGAGGCUGGACCUUGCUCCACAUCCAUGCUAGGAAAGGUGACCUCAGAGAGGUGAGACGGCUUCUCGAUGAAGGAAUGGAUGCUAAUGUGGCUGCCUUGGGCCCGAAGUCCCACGGUGUGACCCCUCUCCAUCUUGCUGCUAAAGGGGGCCACAUUAAAGUAAUGGAUGAACUGCUCGAGCGUGGGGCCAACAUAGAUGCCCGAACUAAGGGUGCAUGCGGCUGGACCCCACUUCACAAUGCAGCUAAAGAAAGAAAGAAGAAAGCAAUAAAAUUCUUAGUCGAAAACGGGGCAUUUUUGCCUGACAACAUCAAUGACACAAGGUUCAACCCGCCAAUGCACUACUGUCCCGGCCUCGAGUGGGCUUAUGAAGAAAUGAAGCGUUUGCAGGACACAUCUUCUUCAUGUGAGACAUCCUGCAGCUCAGAUGACUGA